AUGUCAAGUAUAAAACUAAUAAUUACUACAUUAACUACAUUUUCAAUUUUAGAAACUGCAUUAGCAUAUUAUGUUCCAGCAAAUGGUGAUGAUUGGACAAAAUUUAAACCAACUUGUGAUUAUUUACCUGGUUCAUUUACAAGUUUACCAUUUAAAUUUGGAAUUGUUGUAAAUCCAUAUAUUGUAAAUAAUGAUGGUGAAUUAUUAGAACCUGAAAUUACUUCAAUUACAAGAAGUUUAACAACAAGUUUUGUUACAAGUAUUAUAACUGCUGCUCCAAAACCAACAAAAACUAGAGAUAUUAUUGUUCAAAUUCAUGAUGGUCAAGUUCAAAAAGUUAAUGAAGAAUUAUGUGAUGAUAAAGAUUUAAAAGAAAUUGAAAAUUCAAAAAAUAAUAAUAAAAAAGUUGAUGAUAAUGAUUAUUAUUAUUCUGAUGGUGAUGAUAACGACAAGCAUUAUAAAGAAAAACCAAUUGAUUCUGAAUAUAGUGGCAAGAAAGAUAAAUCUUUUGAAAAAUUAUUAGAAAAAGGAUUUGAUAAAAGAAAUGUUCAUGAUCUUGGUGGAGAAUAUAAAGAUAAACCAUAUGAAGAAUCUUCAAAACAUUAUCAUGAUAAACAUUCAAAACAUACUGAAGAAUUUGAAGAAGCUCCAAUUCAAGAAAAUCAAGAACAAUCAGAAACAAAACAAGAAUUAAAACAUCAUAAAAAAUCAUCAAAAAAAAGUCAUUCAUCUUAUCAUCGUGGUAAAUAUGAUUAUUAUACAGAUGAUGAAUUUCAAUCACCAGUUUAUUCAGUAGCUUGUUAUACAAGUGCAACAUUAAGAAUGUCAUUACAUGAUUCAAUUUUAAGAGAUUCAGAUGAUAGAAUUGGUUGUAUUGUUUCAGGUCAUCAAUUUCAAUUUGAUGGUCCAACUCCUCAACAUGGUGCAGUAUUUGCUGCUGGUUGGUCAGUUACAAAAGAUGGUCAAUUAGCUUUAGGUAAUUCAACUAAAUUUUGGCAAUGUGCUUCUGGUCAUUUUUAUAAUCUUUAUGAUCAAUCAAUUGGAUUUCAAUGUCAUCCUGUUACUUUGGAUGUUGUUGAAUUGAUUGAAUGUUGA